AUGAGCGUCCUCAGACCUAUCACGUAGGCUACUACUACUACUACUAAACAAAGAUGAUUCCCUCAAUAGAGUUUUACGCAUAAUAUGACGAAACCCUAUGUAGCUUCUUUGUCCUUAUCACACCCAAAACACAAAACAUAACCGUGAGCAUAGUAUAUCUAGAUAUAUAGUAAUACAUGAUAUAACGAAUUAACCUCUUAUAGCCAUCAGUCCGUUUCAACCCGUCUCAGCAACUAGUCAGUUCAGUUGACGCGCUACAGCUCAGAUCAUGCAUAAUUGCAUAUUUCUAUUGUCUAUACAAUAGAAUAGAGAACAUGUAUUAACACAUAAUAUUAUAUAUUACAAAAAUCACACAAUUUUCUUAUUAUUAAUCUAACAUGUAAUCCUUUAUUUAGUAAGAAACCCCUUCAAUUAAAAUAAUGGAAUAUGCCUGAAGAUUCUGUUUCCAAAUUAUGCUCCCAGGUACAACCUGCUGGUGGAAAGUAUACAACACAACCACAAACAAUAGGUAAUUAUAGGCUAGGCAAAGGUUCCCAAACUUUUUAGGCUGUGCUCACAAAAAUAAACAUAUUUGAACUGAGGGACCUGACAAGCACUUGGAAUUGUAGAUAUUACAUUUAGUUUGACUCUGUUCCACUGAUACAUAUUGUGAAAAUAGCAGAUCUACAAACUUGUAGAUCUGCUAUUUUCACAAUGUUUGCCUCUUUCUCACUUACUAUUUUACAGUGUGGCCAGUUUGGUACCGAAAAGGUGUUAAAAGUCAUUGAAUUGCCAUGUCAUGAAUGUGCAGAUACCCUGUAUACACUUAUACUCUAUGGCAGAUUAUUUAUUGUUGAAUGACAAGAAAUAUGGCAUUUAACAUUUCAUCUGGGGAUUCCACAAAAUAAUUUGCCAACUUUGGGAACCACUGGGCUACUGCAUAAAAUGCUAUGGACAGGUUAAGUACAUCUCAAACAUUACCUGUAGAGUAACUUAACAACAAUCCCUUCAAAUCAAUUUAAGUGUGUGGCCAUAUUGGUUUGUACAGAAUACAUUAAGUAAGAAAAGAUAAGCUAAUACUCUUUUUCUCCUGUCUUUGUAGAUUUCUAUCCACCGGUGAUAGCUUUACAACGAUUGCCACAAGCUUCCAUCUUGGGGUCUCAACAGUGGCUCAGAUCGUGAGGGAAACCUGCGACACCAUCUGGGAACAGCUGAAAGACACCCACAUGCUGUGUCCAGACAGGGAUAGGUGGAUGAGCAUUGCGGGGAGAUUUGAGGAGCAGUGGAAUUUCCCCCAUUGCAUAGGUGCACUUGAUGGGAAACAUGUUGUGAUCCAGGCACCUCCCAACUCUGGAUCCAUGUUCCACAAUUACAAGGGCACCUUCUCCAUAGUUCUGCUUGCCCUGGUGGAUGCAGACUACAAGUUCACAGUGGUUGACAUUGGAGGUUAUGGAGGAAACAGCGAUGGGGGUAUCUUUGCCAACUCCAAUCUGGCCAAAGCUCUCCAGGCAGGACAGCUUGAUGUCCCUCCACCAUCUCUCCUACCAGCAGCACCAGAGUUGGGUCCUCUGCCAUAUGUGGUGGUGGGUGACGAGGCAUUCCCCAUGAAGCCCCACCUCCUCCGGCCUUAUUCAGGGCGUCGUCUUCCCGAGAACACACAGGUCUUCAAUUACCGUCUCUCUAGAGCCCGCAGAAUAGUGGAGAACACCUUUGGCAUCCUCACACAGCGCUGGAGGGUCAACACCGGAAGACUACAAGUUGGCCCUGAAACAGCAGACAGCAUAGUGAGGGCAACCUGCAUUCUCCACAACAUGCUGCGGUCUGCUCAAAUCGGUGGCCAGAACCGAGACGAUGAGCCGGAUGAAGAUGAGGUUGGGGUUGAGGACGAGGAAGAGAGCAUCCUCAGACCACUGGGGAACCUGCGGGGCAACAGGGCAUCCAAUGAGUCCCAAAGAAUAAGGGAUACCUUUCGCAGGUACUUUAACUCACCAGCAGGACAAGUGCCUUGGCAAUAUGCCCAUGUCAACCGUGGUACUCGUCUGGGGCGUUCACUUGCAAGAGCUGUAGUGGAACCAUGA